CGGUUCGUAUCCAUCUCCGUCACCGUCCUCGGAGGUCUUUCUCCCUAGAGGUCCUCACUUCGUCUCCUUUCUCCUCUUACGUCUUUUGCCAGUGAAACAAUUAUAACGCUUGUGACAUCUUAAAGAGAGGGGAGUCGGGAGAUCUGAGACCGGUCUCUUCUCCGAUCAUCUUCUCUUGCCUAUUUAAGGAAGUCCACUUCCCACAGAUCGAUCUUCUUCGAUCUUAGAAAAAGAAAUGGUAAUGGAAGUACUCGGGGCAGAUAUCACAAUUGGGCAGGUAAAAACUGUAAUUGAUGAGGAAGGAAAUAUGGAAAAUAACAGAAGGAUGACUAUGGCUGAUGUCUCGGAGAAGUCUGAUUUACUAGAUGGUUCAAUUGUGGUGAAUGGAGAGACAAAAGAAGUUGAACAUGUGACUGAUUCUGCAGUCCCUAAGGAUGCUGUAGAUGAGUGGCCUGAAAAUAAGCCAACUCAUUACCUCUAUUUUAUUAGAUACAGGUCUUAUGAGGAUAUAAAGUUGAAAACAAAAAUUGAACAUGCGGACAGGGAGGUUCAAAGGAAAACUCAAGCCCGGAUACAGAUAACUGAGGCAUUGAGGGAGAAAAGGUCUGAAAAAGCUGAUCUGAUAUCACAAUUAAAACCAUUGCAAGAAGAAGAAAGGCAGUUUCGAGCAGUUAUGGAUGGGAAAAGAAAGGAAAUGGAGCCUCUUCAAACUGCUUUGGGCAAGCUUCGUGGUGCAAAAAAUGUCGCAACAGAAAAAGGUGUAGGUUUAUGCUCUUCAGAAGAAGAGCUUAACGAAACUAUCCAUAGCUUACAGUACUGCAUUCAACAUGAAAGUAACACCUUGGCUAUGGAGAAACAAUUGCUUAAAGAAAUCAAACAACUUGAAGCAUCAAGGGAGAAAGUUAUUGCCAAUGCCGCCUUGAGGACUAAGAUUCAAGAGUCUUUUGGUCAGAAAGAUGCCAUCCAAGAUCAAGUCAAACUAAUAGGUGCUGAUCUUGAUGGAGCAAGAAAAGAGCAACAAGCAGUCAGAGCAAAAAUCCAGCAUCUGGAGGAAAAGCUAAAUGGUGUAAGGGCAGAGCUUGAUUCCUUACAAAGCGAGCUAGUAGCUAUCAAUGAGACUAGGGACAAAGCAUAUCAAACAUUUACCUUGCUGAGGAAAGAACGAGAUGAGUCGAACGCGUGUUUCUUUCAAUACCGUUCACUUAUGAACAAUGUGAAGGGACUUUCCAUAAACAAGAAUAUAUCGGCACUUAAAGAGCUUUCUGUAAACGAGGUAGAGAAAUUCAUGACACAGUGGAGUAGCAGUAAAGCUUUUAGAGAUGAUUAUGAAAAAAGGAUCCUGUCUUCAUUGGAUGCGAGGCAGUUAAGCAGGGACGGGCGAAUGAGAAACCCUGAUGAGAAACCAAUUAUUUCUGUGGCCCCAUCAUCCAUUGUACCAGAGAAAGAAUCGGCUAAAGCCAGUAUCGAAAAGUUUGAAGCAGAGAAAGAACCAUCUAAAACCAGCUCAACAAAAAAGGAAAAGGGGAACGUAAUCCCUCCCAGGCAUGAAGCCGUCUCUUCCCGCAGGACUCGAGAAGAAACUACUUUGAAACCAGUCGAAGUAGCAGUGCUAAAACAAGUACCCGAGGCUGAAAACCCCUCUGCGGCUGAUAAGUUCCCGAAAGAGCACUCAGAAUCCGAUGAGAUUGAUCCAACAAAACUGAAAGAGAUAAAAAGAGAGGAAGAGAUUGCCAAGGCCAAGUCCGCCAUGGAGCGGAAGAAGAAGUUAGCGGAGAAAGCAGCUGCUAAGGCUGCUGUCAGAGCUCAAAAGGAAGCUGAAAAGAAGCUGAAGGAAAAGGAGAAGAAGGCUAGAAAGAAAGUUGGGGUGUCUUCACAACCUGCUGAUGGUGAGCAAUCAGAAAGUGAGACGAAGGAAGCUGAACCAGAGCUGCAAGAAGAAACUAAUGUGAAUACUGAUUCCACUAAACCAGAAAAGGUCAAGGAUCAGUUUAAAGAGAAAUCAAUUCGUUCACGCGGUCGUGCGAAAGGUCAGAACCAAAUGCCCAAGGUCCUCCUGAAGAAGAAGAAGCAACAUUCAUAUUGGCUAUGGGCUGUUCCUGCAGCUAUUUGUGCUCUUCUGCUUGUCGUAAUUGGAUUUUACUAUUCUCUUCGUAAAAUCCAAUGAGCUAGUAAAGCGCAUCUCAAGAUACAGGGCUAGUUUUGCUGCUUGGUUCAAUUUUAGCAAAGACACAUCCUUACACAUUGGAAUUAUAAAUACCUUAUCUCUUGAUACAUGGUUCCGUGUAGUGUGCGGUAGGUUCGCGGUUGUGGCAUCUGCUGCAGGCUACAAACAUCAUUUCUUCUCAUUUCUAUCGUUGACCUUGAUCGAAUGAAACUUCGAGAUUUUUAUGGUUUGCUUGUUCUAUUCUUUAAAAUAUGUCAUGCUAAAAUAAGACGUUCCUGUUUAUUGUGGUUCUAUGCUCAUUCUAUGAUCCUCUACUCUUUUGAUCACGUGUCUUUUUCCUUAUGAAGUAAUCUAUGACUUAUUAUUUAAUGUGGAAGAAAUGUUGCAGUCUA